AUGAAAUAUAGGCUAAAUAGUAAUCUACAACUAGGUCUUCUAUCUGAUGCUUCAAUUGACUGCAAAGGUUUUAAAAGGUCUAGAUCAAUAAUAGUUCAUGCAUUUAUUCGAGAAUCAUAUGAGGUAGUUUUAUUUUUAUCAGCAAUAUCUGUCGUUUUUUUUGUUUUAAGUGGUUAUGAUGGUAACAAAAAUUUGAUUAUUGCUAAUUCAGUGAGAUUAGUAAUUACAAUAGCUUGCUAUUUAGUUUGUCAUCGCCUACGCCACGGCAAACUAUCUCUGGUUUUGUUAUGGUUUGUUUUAAUAAUGAAUUUGUGUAUUUUACCUGAUUUCAACAUGAAUAUCUUUUAUUUUCGUCUAAUUGACUUAUUAAGCUUUUUUUCUUUAUUUUGGCUAACUGGAUUUCACCCAUUAACACUCAUAAUUACAUCCAUUGCAAGUGCAAGUGUCAUGAUAUGGACAAAUUUUAAGUUAACACACGCAGUUGACAGAAGUUUAUAUAAUCCGACAGUCCUGUUUUCAUUAUGCGGAAUUUUGUCAGUAUUACGUCUAUUUAUUGGACUCUUGAUAUUAUCAAAUAUAUUUGUGAAUUGUACAAUUAUCAGGGAUAUAAUUGUAGAACCAAAGAGGUCACUAUAUAAUACAUUUGCAUUAAUUGAAAAUGAAAAGAAACUAAUAUCACUUGCAAAUGAACUAGAUAUAUCAUUGAACUAUCUCUCUAAAUUUAAAAGAAAUGAAAAUACAAGAGUUCAAGAGGACUUAAAUAAGCAAAAAGCAUGUUCAAUUCAAUCUACUUCAUCUUUAUUUCCACCUGUAUCUGCACCGUCCAUUACUAUGUCAUUAAAUUCAUCCCCUGUUGUGCAAUCAGUGGCUUCUUCUUCAAUGGCAUCAUCUUUAUCAAUGGAAUCAUCACUAUCUUCUUUUAUAACUUCAUCUGAAGUAUUACCCCACAGUAAUACUUUGCAAGGUUUAUACAGCAGACUCGUACAACGUGAAAGGAAAGAACUCUUUAAGGGGGUUUCAUCCUCGCUAUUUUUUACAAAAAAGUACAAAUUUAUAUUACAGAGACUACUAAGGAUUAUUUGGUACAAGUAUCAACAUUUUAUAUUGUCGAUUAGAUUAGCAGAAUUUAUUGAUUCAGCAUUACCUCUUUCAACAAGAACUUUAACGCAGGUCUUUUGGAACCAGGAAAUUGAGGGUCUAUAUUUGCAAUGGGUACAAUUUUAUGCUUAUGAAACAUUUAGCUCAUCUAUUAUAUAUAUGAUACUAUCAAAUUUUGUUUUAACUUGCAUUUCCUUAUUUGAGUGGUCACUUCUACUUGCUGUAGAGAAAAAGGAGGUCAUAUGUUACUAUUCACGUUUUUCCUGUAGUAUCCACGGCAAAAAAAAUAUGAUUAUUCUAUUUUUUAUUUUACGAGGAGUUAUUCAGCUCACUGUAUCAUUUACUAUUAUUGGUAUCAUAUAUAAAUUAUGUAAAAAAUACUCUGUACAUUCUACAAAGCUAGGUGAAAGUAUCUUGAGAAGUAGUGACUAUGAUCACUAUAGUUAUGAUACACGUACAAAAGACAACUCUUUGGAAAAUCUAAAGUCAAGAGGUGACUUACGUUUAAUUUCUUCAGCACCAGUUCAUGUUUGGGUACAAUUACUAUCUGUUAUAUUGGGUUCUUGGCUUAUUAUCUGCAGUAUUGUUGAUGCGGCACUUAUGGGUAAUGUAUUAACAAGGUUCACAGGGUUAUCAUCAAGUAUGGUUAUUGGAGGUACAUAUCUAAACUUGCGUAUACCAGGAACUAUAAUAGUAUACACUAUUUGGGGAAUAUCCUCAUUUAUAACUACGAUUGCAAUUUCUGGCAACACGGAGAAAUAUAUUGCAUGUAUUUUGUCAGUUAUAAUCCCUGCUGCUACAAUUAUAUUUUUACAUACGAUCCCAUUAGAUAGAGUUAGGCGUAUCUUGUUCUGUCGCUAUACUUUGCCCUAUUUGCUAUAUAUUCAGCAUAUUUAUUUUGUACUGAAGGAAUCAGGUAAAGAUAUAAAACAAAAAUUUCAAAACACUAGAAAUAUACAGCAACUUUGCAGAAAGUUUUGGAAAUAG